AUGGACGCCCACGAAGAUGACGGCGAUAUUAAACUCCAACAGAUUUCAACCGAUCUCAUUGCCGACUUCACCCGCUCUCUACCGCUGUUCCUCCGCAAACCCGACGGCCAGACCAUUCGUAGUCGCGUGCGCACUUCGGAGACGGCACGUCUAACAUCAAGCCUCCUGGACCCGUUUCAGGAACUACCUCAGCUGCUCGACCCUCACCUACCAUCAUGGCUUCCCCUCCUGGCAACAACUUACCUCGCCCACCUCAACACCCGCGCACGUGCCCGGCCAAAGCAGCUCUCAACCCGCUCGCAGCUCCUUGAACCCCUGAACGUAGCCAUUUCCAAGCUGCUCUACACUUUCACAAAGAUCCGAGGCGAAAAGGUCAUUGUGCGCUUCCUCAACGUCGAGACCAGGCACAUCGAACCUCUCCUCUCGGCCUUCGAGUCCGCUGAGCGCGCAAACUCCGUUUCCGCCGCCCGUCCCUCCCUCAACCCCCAAUCACCUCAGUCCAACGCGCAACAAUGGUCUUGGGAAGAGCGUUAUUUGGUUCUGCUCUGGCUCUCCCACCUCCUGCUCGCCCCCUUCGACCUCUCCACGAUUUCAUCCGCCGCGGCAGACGAGCAGCUCACCCUUCCCUCCAUUCCAAACUUCACCUGGCCGACCUCCGACCUUCCGGGCAUCACGGUACGCAUCCUCCCGCUGGCGAUAAAAUACCUCGCCUCCCCCGGAAGAGAACGCGAUGGCGCCCGAGCCCUUCUUGUCCGCGUUGCCAUGCGACGAGAUAUGCAAUCCCAAGGCGUGCUCACUGCUCUCGUCCGUUGGUCCCUCACCUCCCUUGACCCGUCCCCAGACGCUCCACCGCAGCCGUCGUACUUCUACAUUGGCGUUCUCUCUUUCCUCGCCGGCGUGCUGAGGUUGUCCAUAAACACAUCUGACAUGGACGCCUACCUCACACCCAUCUUCCGCGCCGCGCACGCCGUGGCCUCUUCGGAAGUUGAAGAAACCCCCGUUUCGGCCGCAAUCCGCUCUGUCGCAGUGGCUCGCAAGAUGCUCAUCAAGGUGAUCCGCUCCGUCACCGUCCUCCUCCUCCGCCAAUCCCCGCCAGACCCGGACACCACGGAGCUCAUCGAGACGUCCAUCGGGUACUUGCUGGAAUGUCUCGCCGAUAACGACACCCCCGUCCGUCUGGCCGCCUCCAAGGCCCUCAGCAUCGUCACCCUCAAACUGGACCCGGACAUGGCUUCUCAGGUCGUCGAGGCCGUCUUGGAUUCGCUGAACCGCAACGUCCUUUGGACGCGGGAGCCGGGAAGUUCCAACGGCCCCAAGGUCCGCGACCUCGCCGCCGUGGACCCCCUGGAAUGGCACGGUUUGAUGCUGACCCUCGCGCACCUCCUCUACCGUCGCUCUCCACCGGCAAGCCAGCUUCCGGAUAUCGUCCACGGCCUCCUUCUUGGUCUAUUCUUUGAGAAACGAAGCACGUCGGGCGGCUCGGUAGGGACCAACGUCCGUGACGCCGCGUGCUUCGGCAUAUGGGCCCUGGCACGACGGUAUACCACCUCGGAACUCCUCGAGGUUCCGACGACGGCCGUUGUUGCGGCAAGGCCCCAUAGACAGGAUGUUUCCAUCCUGCAGGUCCUCGCCACGGAACUAACAGUCACAGCUUCACUCGACUCCGCGGGCAACAUCCGCCGCGGGGCCUCGGCCGCGCUGCAGGAGCUCAUCGGACGACACCCUGAUACGGUGGAGAAGGGCAUCUGGGUUGUUCAGACGGUCGAUUACCACGCCGUCGCCCUGCGAUCCCGCGCUGUUCACGAGGUGGCUCUUAAUGCUACGAAGCUCUCGCCUCAGUACGGCGCCGCGCUGCUUGAUGGACUACUGGGCUGGCGAGGCAUAGGCGACGCCGAUGCCGGUUCCCGUAGGGUUGCGGGCGCAUCGUUUGGUACACUCACGUCUGAACUCUCGCGGCAGAUUGCGUCUGGUCCUAUUGACCAGUUCGCGGCAUCUAUCGAUAGAAUCCUCGCGCGUCUCCGCGCGUUGCAGACGAGACAGGUCGACGAACGACAUGGCCUUUUCCUCUGUCUUGCCGCCGUGCUCGAUAAACUCCCCGAGGUUCUGGCCUCCAAACAGGACGAGCGUGAUUCCCAGCUCGUUCACCGCGUCAUUCGCGAAUUGGGAACAAUAUUUACAGAUUUCCAGACGACAACUUACCGCCGGCCUGAACUAGUCGCCGAGGCUGCCAGCCGUCUCAUCACUUCAUCAUUGCCUGUUCUUCAAGCGGCUGCGCUCCCCGCCGAUGGUCCAGAUUUACAACCAGGAUACGCGGUCGUUUCGACGGCAAACACAAAGGACCUCCUCACGGUAAUGAACGCAGUCGACGCCCUCCCCGAAAUCCCAGAAGACGUAGCUAGCCUAGUAUCAACAUUUGGGCCAGUAAUAACCGCCGGGCUCGCACGUUCAGAGAAGGAAGCCGUCGCGGCGUCCUCCGAAGCAGCCCUCAUACACCUCAUCUUCUCCCCGAUCGCAGAGCGCAAACGCAUCAUCGAGGAGUGGGCGAGCACAGUUCGACACCGUCCGACAUCCCGCGCGGCAAACGACACCGGCGUGCUCUUCGCCCUGACCAUGGCGUACCCCGUCACCACAACUUUUGGCGGCUCCCUGGAAGCGGAAGAAAAAGACGUCGUGUGCGACACGCUUCUCACGCGGUGGGCGAGCGACAACGACAUCGAUACGCGCGUGGCCAUUCUCCAGAGCCUGUCGCAGAGCGUCAUGCUCCGCGACCGCGCUCUGGUGUUCCUGGACCUCCUCGCCGAGGGUCUGAACGAUUAUACAACCAAUGCAAGGGGAGAUGUAGGGUCACACGUCAGACUCGAAGCUCUAAGGGCCUCCAAAUCACUAUGGAGGCUUGCCUUCGCCGAGGCGGAUGGUAGCCUCGACUGGCUACCGACGGCAGUCUCGAAGCUGUUUCUCCGCAUUCUGCGACUGGCGGCGGAGAAGCUGGACCGCGUUCGUACGGAAGCGCAUGCGGUCAUCGCGCUCACUCUAGAACCAAGCUUCUCUUCGAGUUUCACUAGGCUCACGUUCUCUUCACGGGAGUACUUUCACACGCUCCUCAACCUCUACACCUCGGAAAACUGUCUACACCCCAUGAUCUCGGAGGCAGCCAAGGCGGACGGGGCAGCGUGGAUGGCCGAGCUGCUCGCGGGUUACGUCACGUCGGCCGACACGGGCAAUGAGGACCUGGUAAUCGCGUCUCGCGCGGCGCUGGCCGAGUUCUGCGGCGAGUCCGCACGAAACCUGGGCGCGGCCUGCGUCGCGUUGGUGAGCAACCUUAAGACGAGACAGGGGCAGGACCGCGUGGUGGUGCCGACGCUGGAGAUAGUGGCGUUCCUAUGCCACGUCGGUCUCUUCCAAAAAUGUCAGGAGGUAGACCUGCGGAACCUUUGCCUGCGGGUUCAGAAGGCAGGGUACAAGACGGGCAACGUCAGGAAGCUGGAGGCGUGCAUCAAGGUGUACGGGUGCGUGGCCGGGUUCGAUGCGGGACAGAACAAGGCAGAUUCACUGCCGGCCGAUGUCGCAGCCAGGAGACGGGACGGCGUGGCGGAAGCGAGGAAGAGACUUGGCGCGCUCAUGUUUCAUCCGUGGCCCAAAGUGAGGAGUCAAGUUGUCGACGAACUGUGGAAGAUGUUUGGGGUGGAGGAGGAGGGCGGUGGUGCGGACGCUCUGAAGAGCGUAGACUGGAGCAAGGCCGAGAAGGGGUCCAUCAAACGUGUUGUAGAGCAGUUGGGGUUGACUCAAGCAGCGUAA